GCAAUAUGCAAUCUAGGAUGGACACUCGGCCUCUAUAAAUAAAUAAUUGUAACCGGAUCAAAGAGCAUCAGAACAUCAAAUCGCAUCAUGAAAUUAAUAAUUCUCACCACCUUUGUGGGUAUAGCCCUCGGCGCUCGUCUAGACUCAUCCUACCUCCCCCCGAGGGUAGGCGGAUUCGGUGGAGGUGGAGGUGGAUAUCCUGGAGGUGGGGCUUUCGGCGGACGUGGGGGUGGAUUCGGAGGCGGUGCUGGUGGAGGGUAUAGGGGUGGACCACAGAUACCGAUUUUGAGGUACGACAACAACCCGAACCAAGGCGACGGCUCCUACAGCUACCUCUACGAGACGGGCAACGGCAUUACCGCCCAAGAGCGCGGCUUCCUGAAGCCCGGCCCGGGGCCCGAGGGCGCCCAACAGGCAGACGGCGGCUUCUCGUACACCGCCCCCGACGGGCAAAGGAUCAGUCUGACGUAUGUCGCAGACGAGAACGGGUUCAGGCCCCAAGGGGCGCAUCUGCCUACGCCGCCUCCCAUUCCGGAGGCGAUUCUCAGAUCUCUUGAGCAGAAUCGAUUGGAGGAGGCCAGAGGAGGGUACUCAGGGGGGUACUCGGGAGACGAGGGGCAGUACCGGCCCGGAGGCGGUGGUGGGGGGUACAGAUACUGAAAAAAUCAGCACUUCAACCCCUGAAAAUGUAAUCCAGAGCCAGUUGAAAACGACAAACAGAAUACGUUCUUUUAGUUUUAAGGUGUAGUUACAAGAAUGUCUGUGUAAUAAGAUGUAAUCUAUUUGAAUAUUUAUGAGAUUUAUUUUUUAUAUAUUUUUGUAUAUGUGAUUCUUCGUGAUGAAUGUGAAAUGCCUGUGUAAAAUCAUUAUGGAAAAUAAAUGCGUUACCAGGUAAUUACGAGUGUUUUACUCUUUUCACUUCAUCUUGAUUAGAAAGUAUCUACC